CGACCUUGGCCAUCAUUCUCAUUCUUCCCAGUAUGCCAUGCUGCCCUCUGCCAACCCCCACCCUUUUCAGAUGAAGUGGUAUGCACAGGCUUGUUGUCGUCGCUGUUAUUAUUUACCAGUUACUGUUAUUCACUGCCCAUGGGUAAAGCUCAGUGUUUUGAUUGUGUCAGCAAAUGGAGCUGUUUGCUCCUUCCCCUUUUGAGAGCUGGGCUCUUUCUGAUGAAGCCAGACGGCUUCUCGCCUGCUGCCCAAUGAGUCAUUCGGUGAGCUAAUAUUCCUCGGCAGUUGGGCCUCCCAGGGUGUGAGCGACACACAGUAUUCCCUAUUCCGUCCAGGUCACUGGAUUGGCAUCUGGGAGCGCCAGGAGCUGCCACAACAGGGUCCUCCCUACAGGCCUUGCCGCUAUUGAGGGUCCCUGGGGCCCAUGGGUCGAACAGAAUGACUGAGAACCUGAAGGCCUGCUUGGCUCAUACCCAGGCUUCCAUGGGGGAGAUGGUGACUGUGAAGACAGAGGUCUGCUCACCCCGACGGGACCAGGAGUAUGGUCAGCCCUGCUCCGGGAGGCCUGACCCUCCAUCCAUGGAAGUGGAACCCAAGAAACCGAAGGGGAAACGAGAGCUGAUCAUGACCAAGAGUUUCCAGCAAGUAGACUUCUGGUUCUGUGAGUCCUGCCAAGAAUACUUUGUCGAUGAAUGCCCCAACCAUGGCCCCCCGGUGUUUGUGUCCGACACACCUGUGCCCAUGGGCAUCCCUGACCGAGCAGCCCUCACCAUCCCACCUGGCAUGGAGGUGGUCAAGGAGGCCAGCGGGCAGAACGAUGUGCGCUGCAUGAAUGAAGUCAUCCCUAAGGGACACAUCUUCGGGCCGUACGAAGGGCAGAUCUCCACGCAGGAUAAAUCGGCCGGCUUCUUCUCUUGGUUGAUUGUUGACAAGAAUAACCAUUACAAGUCUAUUGAUGGGACGGAUGAAACCAAAGCCAACUGGAUGAGAUAUGUGAUCAUUUCACGUGAGGAGAGAGAGCAGAAUCUGAUGGCUUUCCAACACAGUGAGAAAAUCUACUUCCGCGUGUGCCGUGAUAUCCGACCUGGGGAGCGGUUACGAGUCUGGUACAGUGAGGAUUAUAUGAAACGCCUACACAGCAUGUCACAGGAAACAAUACAGCGCAACCUGACCAGAGGAGAUAAAAAGCUGCAGCGCGAGAAGCCUGAGAAGACCGUGGAUCACCAGGAGGACCUUCGAGGCCCUCUUCAGCUCACGGUCUUGAGGCAUGGCAAGAGCGCCUACAAGCGUGGCUUUGAUGAGGUGGAUGCCCACCCUCCGCCCAAGAAGAAAAAGAUUGACCUCAUCUUCAAGGAUGUUUUGGAAGCCUCCUUGGAAACAGCCAAGAUAGAGGCACGCCCUCUGGCCCCAGGCACCCCGCUCGUCCUCAGGAAAGCUCCCAAGUCUCACACAGAAGACACAUAUGAUCAGGGCGGGAUGGCUGUACCCCACGAGCCCCAAGACCUCUCCAGGAACCAGGGGGAGAAGGAGUGGAAGGCUCCCCAGGGGGCUUCCUAUGGUCCCUCCAAAGACACGGGCUCGCUGGAGGAUGAGGAGGAAGAGCCUUCAUUGUUCAAGGCAGACAGCCCGGCCGAGGCCUCCCUCGCAUCGGACCCUCAUGAGCUCCCCACCACCUCCUUCUGCCCUAACUGUAUCCGCCUCAAAAAGAAGAUACGGGAGCUUCAGGCAGAACUGGACAUGCUCAAGUCCGGGAAGCUGCCCGAGCCCCCUCUGCUGCCACCCCAGGUACCGGAGCUCCCCGAGUUUUCAGACCCCACAGCCUCAGAGAGCGCGGUCUCUGUCCCAACCAUGCUGGAAGACGAUGAUCAGGAGGUGGACUCGGCCGACGAGUCGGUCUCCAACGAGAUGAUCACAGCCACAGAUGAGCCUUCAAAGAUGUCCUUCGCCACGGGACGCCGCAUCCGGCGCUUCAAACAGGAGUGGCUGAAGAAGUUCUGGUUCCUAAGGUACUCCCCGACGCUCAACGAGAUGUGGUGCCACGUUUGCCGCCAGUACACGGUACAGUCUUCUCGGACCUCGGCCUUCAUCAUCGGCUCCAAACAGUUCAAGAUCCACACCAUCAAGCUCCACAGCCAAAGCAACCUUCAUAAGAAAUGCCUGCAGCUCUAUAAGCUCCGGAUGCACCCCGAAAAGACAGAGGAGAUGUGUCGGAACAUGACUCUGCUCUUCAAUACCGCCUAUCACUUGGCCCUGGAGGGCAGGCCUUACUUUGACUUCCGGCCCUUGGCAGAAUUGCUGAAGAAGUGUGAGCUCAAAGUGGUGGACCAAUACAUGAACGAAGGGGACUGCCAAAUUCUGAUUCACCACAUCGCCAGGGCUCUGCGGGAAGACCUGGUGGAGCGCAUCCGUCAAUCGCCGUUCCUUAGCAUCAUCCUCGACGGGCAGAGCGACGACGUCUUGGCCGACACCGUGGCCGUCUAUGUCCAGUACACCAGUAGCGAUGGGCCCCCUGCCACCGAAUUCCUAUCCUUACAGGAGCUGGGGUUCUCGACCACGGAUAGUUAUCUCCAGGCGUUAGACCGGGCGUUCUCUUCCUUGGGGAUCAGGCUGCAGGAUGAGAAGCCGACCAUCGGCUUGGGUGUGGAUGGGGCCAACAUCACGGCCAGUUUGCGAGCCAGCAUGUUUAUGACAAUCAGGAAGACUUUGCCCUGGCUCCUCUGCCUGCCCUUCAUGGUGCACCGGCCCCACCUGGAAAUCUUGGACGCUAUCAGCGGGAAGGAGCUCCCUUGCUUAGAGGAGCUGGAGAAUAACCUGAAACAGCUGCUGAGCUUCUACCGCUAUUCGCCUCGCCUGAUGUGUGAGCUCCGUUUGACGGCCUCUACCCUUUGCGAGGAGACAGAGUUCCUGGGAGAUAUCCGGGCCGUGAGGUGGAUCAUCGGGGAGCAAAACGUUCUCAAUGCACUCAUCAAGGACUACCUGGAAGUGGUCGCUCACCUCAAGGACGUGAGCGGGCAGACGCAACGCGCCGAUGCGUCCGCCAUCGCUCUGGCCCUACUCCAGUUCCUCAUGGACUACCAGUCGAUCAAGCUGAUUUACUUCUUGCUAGACGUGAUUGCCGUGCUCUCCCGCCUGGCCUACAUCUUCCAAGGCGAGUACCUCCUCGUGUCCCAGGUGGACGACAAGAUCGAGGAGGCCAUCCAGGAAAUCAGUCGGCUGGCCGACUCUCCCGGGGAGUAUCUGCAAGAGUUCGAGGAGAAUUUCCGAGAGAGCUUCAACGGCGUCGCCGUGAAGAACCUGCGCGUGGCCGAGGCCAAAUUCCAGUCCAUCCGGGAGAAGAUCUGCCAGAAAACCCAGGUGAUCUUGGCGCAGAGGUUUGACUCCCGCAGCCGGACCUUUGUGAAAGCCUGCCAGGUGUUUGACCUGGCGGCCUGGCCCAGGAGCACCGAGGAGCUCAUGAGCUACGGCAAAGAGGACCUGGUCCAGAUCUUCGAUCAUCUGGAAGCCAUCCCAUCCUUCUCCAGGGAGAUCUGCCGGGAAGGGAUGGACCCAAGGGGAAGCUUGUUGAUGGAGUGGCGGGAACUCAAGGCUGACUACUACACCAAAAAUGGUUUCAAAGACCUCAUCAGCCACAUCUGCAAGUACAAACAGAGGUUUCCCCUAUUGAAUAAGAUCAUCCAAAUCCUUAAGGUUCUCCCCACCUCGACAGCCUGCUGUGAGAAAGGCCGAGUGGCCCUCCAGCGAGUGCGGAAGAACAACCGCUCCCGCCUCACCUUGGAACAGCUCAGUGACCUUUUGACAAUUGCGGUAAACGGACCCCCCAUUGCCAACUUUGAUGCCAAGAGGGCACUGGAUAGCUGGUUCGAGGAAAAGUCUGGCAAUAGUUACACACUGUCUGCUGAAGUCCUCAGUCGUAUGUCUGCCCUGGACCAGAAGCCAAUGCUUCCAAGCAUGGACCACGGGUCAGAGUUUUACUCAGACCUUUAGGGAGUCGUUGCCUCAGAUUUUACCAAGCUGUUGAAUAAUUUUUUAAAGAAAAAUAUCUAUACUCCUAAGCUUUGAUAUAUUCUAUAAAUAUAUAUAUAUUAUAUAUAUAUAAACCCACACUGAAAAUUUUUUUAAAAUUAAGGGGACAUGCAUCUGACUGAAGCUACUUGGAGUUUUCAGAAUGGGAUGAUGUCGAACACUUUCCUCUUAUCUACAAAACUUGGCAGCUGCAAUAUUCAUGGCAAUUCACUCUUACUCAUCAUGGCCCACGCUGGGGGCCGCUGGGGUUCCAAUCUAACAAUCAACCAACAGUAUAAGCUAAAUUGACGGGUCUCUGUCAACCACCUCUCUGGUAGCUCACCUCAUGUAUGUUCUCGUUUGGGGCUUGGGGUUUUUGUUUGUUUGUUUUUUGGUCCCUCUGGUUGGUCAGAGGGGUUGUUGUUUAUUUGUCUGUACGUUUGUUUGGGGGAAAGGUGGCUUUGUUCACUGGUUCUGGUCCAGUUGGAGUCGGGUUUCUUAUUUCUGAUGGCAAGUUAUAAAUUGGAGGGUUUUCUUCCUUCUCCCUCCAUUUACUUCAAUUUGGGAAUCCACUUCCUGAUUUGAUUUUUCUCACUGUCUUAGAAGCAGAAGUGUCAUCCAUUCUCUGCUCCCCAGUUCCUGCUGAUGGGAAGGGGAGGAAAGUCAAUCCGUUCAUCUCCCAUUGCUCCUCCCUUGGUCUCCACCCAGGGACCCCUCAAUACAUGAUCUAGUAAUGGCUAUAGAUGAUGGGUUUGAACCAGGUGGAAGAGAGGGUAGACUCUUUGCAUCUCUGUUAUGGUGUCAUAGGGGAUAAGACAGUAAUGCUUCUCUCAGUCCCAGGGCCCUUGGGAACAGUCAGCAAGCCUUCAAAUCCAGACCCAAAAUGAGGCAAAGAUUUGGGGCUGAAAAUAAGAAAAUGACAACAACAAAAAGAUAUUCUAAUUAUUUAUAUUCUAUAGUUGUAGAUUGUUGCGUUGGGGGGUGGGAUGGUGUUGUUAUUAUUAUUAUUUUGUAAUAUAGUCACAGAAUACCUGCUCUUAUUCAAUAGCAGGAGCUAUCAAUGCAAGGUGAGUCCUGGGUUAGUCAUAUCAGGGACUUCCCAGAGGUUCACUCCUUCUCUCGUGACCAAGGUGAUCACGCAGUCAGUCCACAGCCUGGCAGGAAGCUGGAUGCUUUGUCUAUCCCUGUGAAAUCUUUUUUUCUUUGAAGGGUAAAAACGUCCUAAAGGGAAUGGAAAAAAAGCAAAAAGUGGGACAGGCCUCUCAGUGAAUUAGCCUACACACAGCCGCACUUAUAUGGUCACACAUACGCACUUUCAUAAUGCACAUACCCGGGCAUGCAAACAUGCACAUGGUCACGUAUAUGGUUCCGCGCUUGGACGAGGGUCCAAGCAAAGUAUACCUGGAUGCAUACAAAUGCAUAGUUAUACACACGAACACACACACACACACACACACACACACACACACACCAGACACACUGAUAAAUGAAAAUGUCAUAAACUUUAGAAAUAGCCACUUACCUGCCCUCUAAGACAAGUACCAAUUUAGACCAGGGAAGUCUAAAUUAGGGCUAUUUCGUUCAUUUGCUACCACUGUACCUCCUAAGGGAGUCAAAAAUAACCGUGUGGGCUGAUAAACUUUUGUACUUAUUUAUAAGGAUGACAUAUAUGUGUAUUUAAAUCAAAAUCUAAUUCCCUCUACUCUGGACACUGGUCCAUUUUGUUGGGUGGGGUGGGAACCAAUCACAUUUCACACACCUCAUCAUAGGCAGCAGAAUGGGUCAGCUGGGGAACAGCGUGGUCGGGACACCAGCAUCCCCAGCCCGGCUUGUUGAGAAACACCAGGGCUGGGAAGGUUUCCUUUUCACCUUCUCCUCUCUCAGAGGACCUGGUCCCAGAACAGAAGCUGACCAUCUAGAACCCGUAGUGUAGACGUCAUCAACACUGAACCUUUUACACUUUCCCUUCCCUGUCCUUUACUCUCUCCUGUUCCCACCCCCAUCCCUCAUCCCCCUUGGUCUUGGUGCUAAGAGAACUCGAGAACCAUUGCUGCUAGUCGAUAGCUUUUCAUUAUAUAAAUAUAUUAUAUAUUAUAUUAUAUAUAUAUUAUUUUUGAAACUUUAUUUGUUUGUUUGUUUUCAACAGUGAUGUAGCAUGUUGUCAAAAUCCAGUCUCUCCCACUUACUUGUUCCACUGCCGGGCCUCCUAAGCUGCCUUCUACAAUGAAACAAAGCAACCCUGCCUGGCUCUCACUCAGCAUUCCCCCCCCCCCCCCCCCCCCCCGCC